AGUUCUAGGUGUUCCUUUGCAGUUAAGUGACAGAUAUUCAAAGAAACUUAAAGCAGUGUUUUGUGCAGUUAAUGCCGAAAGUGCAAACUAAGACGUGACGUCGGCAUUUUGUCAAAUACAUCUGGGUUGAAAAACAACUCUUCCUCAGAAAAAAAGGUAAGAACUUGAGUUAUGUUCUAUGUUGAACACAGUGCCGUCAAUAGAUUCCAAUAGCUAGUCAAAGUGUACCUACAGUGAACGACCAACUGUUUUCGAUCAUAUAUAUGCAUGUUGUUAUACUUUAUGAUUGUUGUGUUGUUUGGUAGCACCUUUAUAGUGAAGUACGUGUAUCAGGUUACGGACUGGUGUCUGUCAAUAGCGGUGAUCAAUAAGUUCGCAGCCUCACCCAGAAAUAAGGUGCACAAUUCGGGGCAUAACUGCGAAAAAAUCAAGCCUUUCAUGAAUGUCAACCAAGAGUCAAAUUGUGAUUUUUACAUUGCAGACGAAACCAGGUUAGGUUUGAUAACAGAAGGAAAACAAAACAUGGGUAAUUAAGCUGCUACCUGAGGUGUGCGGGUCAAAUUGCGCUGCUGAAAGUCAGAUAGACACUUCUGUCUAGUUGAAAUAGGAAGGAAAUCCUCAUGAAACAUUUUGACCAUUUCUUCAAAGAUUUCACGACAUGAGGAACAAGAUUCACACAGCUCUUAUCACAGUUCACCAUUGUUUUUUCUCACCACAUACCUAGUACUUAUUUUCAAAAGAACGUCGACUGGAAAAUAUACGUGACUGCGCGCAUUUGACAAAUUGGUGGAUAGUGGAAACAGAUAAAAUCUGCCCCGAAAUUUGAGUUUUUCACCUUAAUUCUGGGUGAUGCCACGAAAUUGUUGAUAUGUACUAUAAAUCGUUAUCCACCCGUCCACAAAAGGUAUGUUUCUUAUGAUCUUUGAGAGUCUGAUAAGUUAUCAAGUUGAACAAUCCUAUGUACAUGUAGAUAGUUAUGAUCAAGGAAACUUGAUCAAAACCUCCUUGGUAAGAUUGACACCUAACGACAGUUCAUUGAAAUCCAGGUUAUUGAAUAUUCACAGUGAAACAUUGGGACAAUGGAAGGUUCUUCGUUAAAAGUGAAAAGCGAGGAACUGCUUGUUACAAGUCUUCCCCAAUUAAAAACUGCACCUGUACAGGACACUCUACCACUGAAAGGAAAGGUUCAUAACGUUGGAAGUUCCGAGUCGCUGCACUACGUUAAAGAAGUGUUUUUUCUGCUCUCGCCAAGUUUCACUGUACAGGAAACGUCAACGUCAAAGGGCGUGUAUCAGAUUUCUUUUGUUCCCUCUGAAAAAGCAGCGAACACGUUGAGUGUGUGUAAACAGUGGUGUCGCGCUGUGGAGGUAGGAAAGCCUUACUGGCUGGAAUUGUCCUCAACUCACAUCUCAACAACGGAGAAAAAGUCUCCCGGAAGACUCACAUCUUUACAAGUCUUAGAUGUUGUCAGAGUGUCCCUUGGUUGUUUUCUACACCACGGUACGUAUGUGAGCCACUGGAUGGAGGAAUCACACGAUAGCACGCCGGAUAUUUCACUACACCUUGAGCACGACCUUCAGUCCUUGUCUGUGUGCUUGAAGAACAAUAACAACAUCGAGAAAAUGGCAGUACCUUACUCAGGUUUAGACAGCUUUGUUCUCGUGUGCUCUCGCGAGAGUAGAAACACGACGCUGUUCUUUCCACUCAACAUUGCGCCUCGGUGUUUCGUAUCGAAGUCAACUAGGGCCGCUCAAGAAGACAGGGUCCUAUCUUUCUCCACUUGUCCUCCUGACACCAUCGGUUCGAGCUCAGUGUUAGCCCUUGACGUAGUUGAGAGCUCAACAGACGGGUCUGUUAUAGAGGGCGCUCUUCGCAGGCUGGAAAAGGUUGGCUUUAAAAUCUACUUUUCAUCGACAAGAGUGAUUACAGCGCCCCCUACUGACGGUAACCUAAGUAAAGCCUUCGAUGACUUUUCCGUUACAUAUGCAUGGCGCUGCGCACUUUCCAGGGGGUACAAAGUCUCCGACCGUGCCCUACCGGCUUUUCUGUCCACGUUGGACAUUGCUGCAAGGAAAGACCCGAUAGCGACCGCUUCUGCACUACAUCAAGUGGCAGAUGUAUGGCUUGAUGGGGACUGUUUUUGCGACUUGCAAGCGGCGUUUCAGACAGAGUUGAAAAACGCAUCUACCAUCGAUCAAAACCACACUGAAGACCUCCCCGACCACUACGUCUACGCGAGAAAGGUGGUGGUCACGCCUACUCAAAUGUUGUUUCUCAAGCCCGAGCCUAUCGUCGAGAACAGGGUGGUCCGAGAAUACGGCGUCGACAACUUCAUCCGCGUGGCUUUCCGAGACGAGGACUUCAGCAAGCUUGCCGUUACAAACCCCAACCCCAUCAGGUGCGUGACGUCACGGGUGAAGGAUGUCCUAGAGAAAGGAAUCAGGAUUGGAGAACGACACUUCAAGUAUCUUGGAUCUUCCAACAGCCAGAUGAGGGAGCACGGCUGUUGGAUGUAUGCGGCAGUGGACAAGACAACGACGUCGACGUCGGACAUCCGCGGGUGGAUGGGCGACCUGUCGCACGAGCGCUGCGUGGCGACGUACGUCUCACGACUGGGUCAGUUCUUCUCCUCCUCUUGGAACGCCGUCAGCGUCAGCGUCGAGGAUCGGAGCGUCGAACUGAUCGCCGACGUUGAGACAAGUUCAGGGACGCACACCUUCUCUGACGGCAUCGGGAAAAUCUCCGUCCCACUUGCCAAGAAGGUCGCGGCAGCUCUGGGUGUUUCCCCAGUCCCUUCUGCCUUCCAAAUCCGGUACGCCGGCUGUAAAGGUGUGCUGGCCCAAGACCCUACCCUGGGGAACACCGACAGGAUCCAAAUCCGCGGCAGCAUGAAAAAGUUCGAGUCAGAACACAAAACUCUGGAAGUCACCUCAGUCACUACUCCAGGAGUCCUGAGUUUGAACAGACAGGCCAUCACGUUGCUGUCUGGUCUCAACGUGCCUGACAUGGAGUUCUUGAAGCUACAAGAACGUGUUCUCAACCAGCUGGCGGAAAUGCUGAUCCUAGAUGAGGCGGCUGUGAAGGCACUGUCGGGCGCCCGGGUCGGCAUGGACAUCCGAGCUCUCCAUGACAGCGGAAUCUCGCUGACUACUGAGCCGUUCUUCCGGUCGAUGUUGUUGGCUGUUUACCGGAACCGAAUGGGAGAACUUCUCCGGCGAACGAGGAUAGAGAUACCUGCUGGAGAGGGACGAAUCAUGAUGGGGACAAUGGACGAGACUGGAAAGUUACAGUACGGACAGGUUUUCAUCCAGUACUCAAGGGAAGUAGAUAAACCACAGGCUGACAAAGUCGUCCACCAAGGUCAGGUCACCGUCACCAAAAAUCCCUGUUUCCACCCCGGGGACAUGCGCAAGUUCACUGCCGUGGACGUGCCGGAGCUCCGACACAUGGUGGACUGCAUCGUCUUCCCGUCGCGAGGACCCCGCCCCCACCCCGAUGAGAUGUCCGGGUCGGACCUGGACGGCGACAUGUACUUCGUGACGUGGAGAGAGGGUCUCAUCCUACCGCGAGAGAACAGACCAGCCAUGGACUUCACUGCGCAACCGAAGCGAGUUCUCCACCGCCCCGUCCAAGAAUCAGACAUGAUAGAGUUCUUCGCGGAGUACAUCGGAAGCAAUCAGCUCGGCCUAAUUGCCAACGCCCAUCUCGUUCACGCAGACAAGGAGGAUCAAGGCAUCUUCUCCCAGAAGUGUAUCGACCUAGCCCAGCUCCACUCAGAUGCAGUAGACGCGCCGAAGACUGGUCAGUGUCCGGAAUUGAAGGGAGAUCUCAGACCCGAAGUGUAUCCAGACUUCAUGAUGAAAUCGGACAAGCCACAGUAUCGGUCUGAGAGGAUUAUAGGGAGGCUGUUUCGAAAGUGUCAGGAACUGGACAGUGCUAACCAACGUUCCGGCACUGACGAUAUCGUGUACCAUACUAGUGGCAUAGACCACGACUUAGUCCGCGAGGGUUUCGAUUCCUAUAUCGAAGAUGCACAGACGCAACUCAACAUCUACAACAACAUGAUGAUGUCCAUCAUGUCUCUGUAUGGCAUAACCAGUGAGGGUGAAGUGGUGUCAGGUUGCAUUCUGAAAGUCAAACAGCGACUGGGUCUCCUGAAGAACGAACGUUUCGAGGUCACCGAAUACGUCAGGGCGAGGUUCAAGACACUCUGGAGGAAGACUCGUGCCGAGUUCUUCAAGCAGUUCGACGUGGAAGAGUUAUCAGAAGAGAGACGUAAGGAAGAACAACUGAAGAGGGCCUCAGCUUGGUACAUGGUGACCUAUUCUGAUGCCUAUGACGAAAAGCCUCACGAUCCCUCGCCCAAACUUCUCAGCUUUCCCUGGGUGGUAUAUGACGUCCUGGCGAGUUUGAAGAAGAUUGCACGUGGAAGAGGUUUGGAACCAGGACAAGCUUCAGAAGAAGAUACAAACAAGGCCCUGAUCUCGAUAUCCAAGAGCCUACGGGGACACUUGGAUCUACAGCUUACACGAAUCACUGGGGCUCAGACGAGACAAACGGAGCUUUUUCGAAAGAUACAGAAGGCUGUUGAAGGAGUGGUGGGCGGUGUCAAGCUCGUGCUCAUAGGCCCUGGUCUGACGGGGAUUUGUGAUGACGACUCAACAGUUGAGAUCUUUGUCUCUGAAGACAGGGGAGUAGACAGUAAUCUCAGCUCUGAUGGCCGACAAAUACUACCGUUAAUCUGCAGCGCCAUAAAGACUAGUGUCAAGGAAGCAACGCAUGUGAAAGCGGGAAAGGGGUUCACGCUUUUGUUCAAAGAAGACUCAGGAGCGAAGGCGACAGUGAGCCUCACAUCCUCGCUACACGACCUUAGGAGGUCGGCAUACAUCAAACUCCACACAGCCCGACGCCCGGACCUACUGGCGGUGUUGCACGUUUUGAUGGACUGGUCCCGAAAGUUUCACAUCUGCGGAAGGGGUAGAGAUGACGUCAUUCCGGAAGAGAUUCUCACUCUGUUGUUUCUGGGCUUCGCAGAAACCCACGACUUCAUCGCGAAGCUCCGAGAUCCCGACAUCCAGACCGAGUGUGAGGCGAUCGUCAGAGGCAAACAGUCAAAAACACCAGCGAGUAUCCAAAGCUUAGAUGAUGGAGUUGUGCUACUGAAGUUCUUUGAGCAUUUCAGCUCCAUCUCAAAGAGAGAGUUGCUGAUGGUGCCGGAUCCGUCGAUGAAGGAACAUCGACGGCCGUUGGUUGAUCACAUCUCCCGAGACAAAGAGAAGAAGCUGCGAGACAACAUGCUGCACGCCUAUCACCAUGUUGCACAGGCUAUCGGGGUGUUCGGCCUCCUCGGCAGGCAGAUGACAGCACCGGGGCACCUGGUUCUCAACUUGUGUCGAGAAAGUCUCGGUUUUGUUCUGCAUGCGGAAGACUUUAACGCUACUCGCCUGUCGGAUUUGACCGGAGCCCAGGUCGCCAUCAGGCGCCGCAUGUUCCGUGACGUCAUCGGCUUCAUCCUAGAGGCGUGGGGCGAUCAGGACGCUCUCAGGCGGGUGGAGGAAGAAGUCAAACAGUUGGAGGUAAGAUCAAAGCACCCUGUGCCUUUGGCUGUCGGGAGACAGCCGUCCGUUCAAGAGGGCCGUUGUAUUGUGUUCGAAGGCUUCAAAUCGAAACAGGAUAAUAUCCAACUCAGGUCGUACGACGGACAAAGAAAUCCUGAACAUGAUGACAAGACGCUAGAAUCCCCUUACCUGCUGGACGGUCCUCAGAUCACUACACAGACGGGGGACGGUGCCGACUUCGAGCUGUUCCUUCAAAUGUUACGGCGGCAAGGUCAGUGUAUAAGUGAUGAAUACGAUGAAGCAAAACACGGCCAACUUAGGGCGACCUUUCGUUACGGCAACGUCUACGUGUACAACACGUCGCACUUGCCGAAAACGAUGACCGUAGAACAAUUCGAACAGGAUGUAGAGCACGGGCACCUGGCUAUUGAUGCUUACCUUAGCAGAGUGCGUGGUAAGAGGAGGGGCCGACGGCGUGGUAAUGCCUCGACACCGUCUGUAGAUCCCCACAUGCAGCACUCUUUCAUCCCGUGUACGGCUACCGAGAACGUCCUGCCGAAAUUCCUGGAAACCUUCAACUUUGAAGAGUUUUCCUGCACAGAGAAGUACAACGUGUCCUUCAAGCUAGACAGAGGUACCAAAGGAGCCCUCAUUUUAGACAAGGCUUUCAACUUUGUUGAACUCCGCUUACCUGACGUGACGUGGAUGGCUCUGGACCUCAAGCGACGUCCACGCGAUCCGACGAGCGACGACCAUCCGUCCGGGACUGACAUUCGCCUCAAAAUUCAGUCGCGGCGCGCUCUGAGGGGAGAGAGUGUGGAGAAGAACGAAACGUACAAGAAGUUCUUGGACCCAGAUGUCAAAGUGUUGGUACAGGUGCACAGCUAUGACUUUCAAUGUCGUGAUGGGGUAACGACUCUCCAGAUCCACCCUCACUACCAGGGUAAUGUCCCCUUUGUCCGGAGAAGGGUCAUCCGACGGUUCCGGGCAGCUGACGAUGUCCAGCACAGCCGCUUUCGGACAGAUGUGGAGGUGCGUCUAACCGAAGUGUGGGAGUACUCCCGACCUGACGACAGCGGACGGUUCACCCGAGUCAUCCCCGGGCGGCAGGAGGUCACAGUCAUCCCGCCUCUGCCCGACUGGACCGGGCCCGGGGACGUCGAGGCCUUCGCACGGGAAUACUGGCACUUUUGCCUUGAACUUGGCGACACCUUAUAUAGAUAAUAAUUUGUUGCAAAUUUUUGCCCGAGGGCUAAUUACAGUUAACAUGAAGGGGACAAACAGUGUAGAACAGUAUAGAAUAUGUCAACUCUAGUCUAAAAGCUAACUCUGAAUUGUAACUUGUUGGGUUUGACUUUUUCUGAGACAGUACGACCCUAUACCUUCGCCAACUAAUAAUGCAAAACUAUGGAAAGAAUUAUCUAAUUUGCAUACAACGUUACCUUUAAUGUUCAAUUCCACUUCAUUUGCGUAUGUCGCAAAUACGAAGUUCCUAUCAAUUAGGAACUGUACCCUAAUUUGCAUAUGUCACAAGUUUGAAGUCCGUGUGAAUCAAGCACCAACUAUUUGCAUUGCAGCAUAUUGCACAGUGUCUAUAUUAAAGUAGUGACUUUUGCUAUGUGUAUGAAUACCCAGUCUAUUCAUUAAGACAUAACAUAUUAUCUGUCAUCAUGCAUUUGCACUGGCAUCCCGACCAAGCUCCAAAGUCACAAAUUUUUCCCGGUGUUUUCACGGCGUCUAUUUAUCGCCGG